CUAUUGUUUAUUCCCUAUUCAUUAUAUUAACACAAAAUUAUUCAUGUUGUAAGACGAAGAAAAAGUCUAUUUUCCUUUUCGGAUCUUAGGGAAAAUUGAUGCUGUAGAUGCCGGACGGGGAGAUAAACUAUAUUACCAAGAACUGUGACACGUCCGAUGAGAUUACUCAGAUGGAGCAGCACAAUGGGAUGCGCAGUUUUGUUGUCACCGUCAAUGAUAAUGGCAAGAUCGAAGUAAAUCCAAAAAACCAGGAAGAAUUCUGCCAGCAGAGUAAUUGCAACCAUAAGGCGAAAAAGAGAUUGGGAAAGGGAAAACAACGCAUUCGAAUUGCACUCAUCGAAGAGGAUGCCACCGGCAGCUCUGACGUCGAGCAGGAUGAGAAUGGCAGCAUUGUGAGCAUUGAUGCGCAAUCGUUUGAUGCCAUGCACGAUCGUUUCGUUAAGAUUUAUAAUAAGAAUGUGCGCGGCAAACCGAGCUUUGUGGUGCUUGAGGAUGCGCUGAUGCGCAAACGCAUUGAGGAUACGCUGCAGAAUCACUUCGAUAGCACCACUUGCCACCACCACCAACAGCAGCACUGCCACGCCCAGCAACAGACAUCGCCGUGUGAUAUUGGCGCCCACACAGGCUCCCAAACCGAUGAGUUUCUUCUGCAAUGCGCCAUGCGCUCUCGCUUGCCAGGCCACAGUCGUGGUUGUCAGGCCACCGACCACACUUACAACAAAGUGGAGCUAUCGCACAACGCUAGCUCCUCCAGCAGCAGAAAGCAUCUUCAAGUGCCCUCGCUGCGACGGCUGAAUCAAUUGAGAUCGCUGCCUUUCAACAAUUCGACAUUGUCAUCAGCAACAUUGGCAGCCCCGGUCGUCAGUGCACCACAUGUGACCAUCACCGUUUCACCUCCAUCUACAGCAAACAUGCCCGUUAUUAUGCAGGCGCAGCAACAGCCAUUGCAACAGCAGCAGAUCCAACAACAGCAACAACUGUUGUUGCCAGCAGCGACGCACAGCUAUUGCAAUUGUUUCUCCAAUUUGCAGCCUUGCAUAAGUAACAGCUGCAAUAACUGUUGUCUCCCACAGCCAGUGAAGAGCAACUACUGCCUGCCUGCAACUAACACCUGCUUUCUCCAGCCACAGCAACAACAGCAUCAACAGCAAUAUCCUGCAAUGACAACAACAUAUGGCAAUUGCACCAGCAACUGCUGCUUGUUGGGACCCACUUUGGCACAGACCACGCUUGGCUAUGGGCCCACGAUGUCCGAGCAAUGCAGCCAUAAUAUUUUAGAGACAUUAUCACCGCAACAAUGCCAGGAUUGUCCUGCUGCCAACUGGCCCACACAGAUUUGCAAUCAUUGUCAAUACUAUCCAAUGUCAAACCUCAAUAUGGCUGAUUUUGGACGGGUACAUUACGCCAGCUGUCCAAUGCAAGAACAGGCGCCGCAACAGGGUCCACAACAGCAACAGGCACAACCGGCACAACAGCAGCAACCGGCCCCACAUCAACAACUAUUGCAACAGCAAAGACUGGAACAGCAGCCAGAUCAGCUACUGAAAAUACAGACACAGCAUCAACAAUCGCAGCAGCAACAAAGGAAGAAGCAAUUAGAAAACAAAUCCGCUUCACAAAAUCCUUCAGAACAACUAUCAAAAAAGUUAGUAGAGGAAACAUUAGCUGCAUCUGCCGCCAAGCUCGACAAGAUUGCGAAAAAAGUACGUUACAAGUUGUCUGGAACAGCUGCAUCUAAUAAACUCUAUAUGGCACGCUUUGGACGCACUUGUUUGAUACUGAAGCCCAAUAUAUGUUCCAUGCCACCGAGGCUGCUGACCAAGCCCAUCAGUCGUUGCACCUCAGUCAGUGCUUUGCCGCAAAAGAAUAUCGAAAAAUGAUUAAAUUAAAUUAAAAACAUAACAUACUAGAUCCGAAAAAUAAAGUCUCUUCUUUUACUCAUA